AUGGACGUUGAUGAAUUGUGUACUAUCAAUGGAGUGUUAGACGUAACUCAUAUUAUCAUUCCUAAACAAACGGGAAAUUCAUUUUCCUGUACAACGUAUGACGAAGAUGACUUGGCGUUUUACCAACUUGAACAUGAGCUUAUGACCGUGGGAUGGAUUCACACUCAUCCCUCUCAUGGCUGUUUUCUGUCGAGCGUUGACCUUCAUUGUCACUACUCGUAUCAGAGACUGAUGAAAGAGUCAAUAGCUAUCGUGUGUUCUCCAGAAGGGACUGGAUACUUUACAAUGACUCGACGUGGAAUGGACUGCAUUACACGUUGCAAGCUUCCAGCACAUCAACUGCAUUAUCACCCUGAACGUGAAUUUUAUCGUCUAUUUACGGAUGCCAAUCACGUGACAUUGGACACGACAAGACCGGGCAUUAUCGCAGACCUCCGGUAUGAUUGGCUAUAG